UCUCCGAUUCCUGGCUUUUUGAGGUUCCUGAAGAUCUGGAUGUGGCAGUGGCUGAGCGUGAGUUUGAUUUGGCGACUCAAUUGGUUCUGCUUGCAAGACAUAGGCUAGCUGGCCUUCUAUCCACCUCUACUUCUUCCACAAACACCAGUGAGUUAGUAUCUCAUGAUGCUCCACCUAGAUUGCACGCUUCGUCCAACCAGAUGGAAUAUCGGACAUCUGAGGUUGCCCGCUUGCCAGACCAGCUAGACGGGCCUUCUCGACAGAGUGAGCUUUGUAACCAGGACCAAAUUAUUACUGUUCCUCUAUUUCACAUUACUAACAAUUUUUUCGAACAAAGUACAUAA